UUAGCAAAAAUUGAAUAUGGAGGGAUCAUCCAAAGGCUAUGGAGGCUACCAGUACCCCAAGGCAAAGACUUAUAAUAAGUUCAUAUCCAAGGUAGAGAAGGUCAAGGUUAAUAGAGCCCAGCAAAAGAACCCCCUGCUGAAGAAGAACAGAUUUGAGUAUACCUUACAUGAUCAUAUGGUAGAGGAUUACCUUAUUGGAGAGUCUACAAGUGUCCUCUACCUUCAGUUGAAAUAUCAUAUGAAGUAUCCCAAGUAUCUUAUGUCCAGAGCUGAGGAAUUACUUAAAAAGAAGAAAGGCAAUACAAAGAUACUCAUUCUCCAAGUUAAAGAGAAUGAAGACGAUAUGGGCUAUAUAACCGAUAUACAACUCGACUGUAUGAGAUGGGAGAUCAAACUUCUCCUUGCUUGGUCCCAAGACGAAUGUGCAAAAUACAUCCAAAUAAUCCGAACCUACCAAAACAAAGGCACUAGCCUUCUUGAAGAAAACAAAAAGCACAAGACCCAAGAAGACCUCGCCAUCGACUCUCUCACCAGUAUAAAAUCUAUCACCAAAAGGGACGCCAAAACACUGCUCAAAAACUACGGCUCCAUUGCUGAAAUCAUCAAGGCUGAUCAUGACGAGUUCAUAAACCACGAAGGGAUCGGCAAAACGAAGGUUGACAACUUGAAACAAUGAUUUAAAGGAAGAAUUGUUCCGAUGUAA